UGCCGACCUGGUAAUGUCGGUGGCGAUGAUUGGUUUUCGUCAAAGUUUCAGCCAACCGAAGAGAGGCUUGUUGGAACGUCUAACGGUGAGAUUUUAACAUUUGAAAACAUGUCUGCCCGGAGAGGCUUUGGCAAUUCUGAGUACUUGCAAAAGAAAAUACCACAGAAUCCCAAAUACCAGCAUGUCAAGUCGAGACUGGAUACAGGAUGCAGUUUGACAAAGUACAUGGAAAGACUGGAAGAGAUAAAAAAAAAUUACAGAUAUCGAAAGGAUGAACUUUUCAAAAGGCUUAAAGUGGCGACAUUUGCUCAGCUGGUCAUUCAGGUUGCUUCUGUAUCAGAUCACGAUGAUGAAAAUGACAAAGAUGUGCAUAGUCUAGAUGAUAAUAUUUCAGUGAUGUCCGAGACCGAUGCAGAGCUUCUGUCAGAACGGACAAAUGGAACCCCAGAAACAACGCCAGUUCAGUUUAUAGACAACAAUAAUGAAGUGGGUGAUACAGGGAUUUCACCAAGGUCAACACUUCAAAGUGUAAUAAGUGGUGUUGGAGAGAUGGACCUAGAUAAGACUGCACAGAAGAAUGUACACCAGAAGCCUUCAAGUCCAAUGAUGACAGACAAACCAUACCCAGACUGUCCAUACUUAUUGCUAGACGUACGAGACAGAGAUGAUUACGAUCGGUGCCAUGUUAUUGGUGCUUACAGUUACCCCAUUGCAACUCUGUCCAGGACAAUGAACCCAUAUACCAAGGAAGUGCUGGAAUAUAAAAAUGCUUCAGGUAAAAUCAUUAUCCUUUAUGAUGAAGAUGAGAGGAUUGCCAGUCAGGCAGCAACCACAAUGUGUGAGAGAGGAUUUGAGAACCUGUUCAUGCUUUCAGGAGGGCUGAAGGUGAUCGCCCAGAAGUUCCCAGAGGGAAUGACAACUGGUUCUUUUCCAGCACAGUGUCUACAGUCCGGUCCCCCCACAUCAGGACGGAAGCGCUCAGCUCCAAGACAGCCAUCAUAUCCAGCAGAAGAUAAAUGGCGAUUCACUGCAGAAGACCUGAACAAAAUGCAGUUUUAUUUGGAGGAGAUGCUCAUUCCUGCAGAUACAAACAGCCGUCUGAGUCGCCUAUCAAGUGGAAGUUCCUCUGCCAAGACAUUCUGCUCAAGUGCUAGAAGUCGCCAAACUCCCUCAGUAGCUGGGUCAGGCAGUGCCAGGUCUCAAAGCAGCCGGCCAUGGAAAUAAAUUGCUAAUAAAAAUAUUCUGAUUAGAGGUUAACAGUAUAGUUCUGUGAAGAUAUACAUUUGUGUAUCUUUUUUGUACAUUUGUGAUCUACCUUCAGUAUGCUUUAGUCUUAUGGCUGUAGUUUUAAGCUGCCCAUAUUGCCUUUAAUACUUACUGCUUGUCUUAUUUGUAAUUGAUUCAAUUUAAACACAUUACUGUCAAGCAAGAAUUCUUAUAAAGGAAUUGAAGAUUGAAGGUCUUUUCACAAAAUUGUUUGCAGGAGAUCUUUCUUCCACGUGUUUUUAAGGUAUUAUUUUCACUGGUGUGAAUAAAAAUAGUCAGGAAUUAAUCGUCAUAAAUAAUCCUAAUCAUCUGGUGUGCUUUUCUGUAUUGAGCUAUGUAGAGACAAUUAAUUUGUGUUUAAUUAGAGCAUCUUUUUCACAAGAAAUCAUGUGAUAGUACCUGAUAUUUUAAAAUUUAAUAAAGAUUCUCUGGCAUUUUCUUUAUAACUGCAAUAGAAUCCACAAAACAUGAUUUCAUUCAAUGUCAUAUUGCACCUGUUCAUGUAAACAAUGAUAAUUAUCAGCCAAUUUUAUCAAAACCGUCCUUUCAUUAAAAUCCAAAGAAACAUUGAGACAUAUUUUGAAACAAAGAAGCCUAAUUUUCUUUUAUGAAUGACAUCAUAAAAGGUCUAGAGGUCUAGACAUCCUGCAUUCACAGCAUUGGUGCAUCCAGUUUAUAACUGAGCAACAUGAGAGUAGAAUGUAAUCAUUUUUUCUUGUUUAAACUGUGAUGUUGAACAAUAUUCACAUGAUUGCAAUGACUGUGUUUGUAUUUUAGAGUUAAUGAUUAAUCUUACAUUUAAAGUUAGGCUUUAUUCCUUGAGCGACUUCUUAAAAUGAUUUAAUAACAAGCUGUUACUUAAGUUUUGUAAAUUGUGGGUUUAUGGAAAUGCCAAAAAUAUUUGCGUUAUGCAACUAUGGAGGAAAAUGUAUAAACACUCAAGAUGUAAAUGUCUUAAUUUUGGGUCACUGUAGUAAUGUUUUGUAAUGAAGUAACGCAGAACCUUAAAUUUCCACCAUGCUAAUUUGCCUUGUUAGCAGUUGUGUUGCUUUUUAAAGUAUUAAUUUGCUACAAAAUGCAUACUCAGUAUCGGUCACAGAAAUACUAACCAGACUGUCAGCGCAGUACUUGCAAGGGGUAUAGUCAAAGACAAAUUGUUAAGGAAUUAAGUUACACCACCUUUUGUUCUAUGGGAUAUACCUGCACAACAUACUGUAGGACUGUUUAAUUUAAUCAAGAGCAUGUGUUUCUGAAUAACUUCAAGCAGUGUUUCUUUCUAUUUUAUUAAAUGCAAGCCAUACCUAAAAAAUAGUGAACUAAGAAACAAAUCUAUUUUUAUAGAAAUAGUCUGUUAUGGAAAUCCAUGUCAUUCAUAAUAUUAGCAACAAGGAAGAAAUGAACAGUGCCUAUUAAUACUAUGAUCAUGCUAGUAGUCAAUAUGAGAAAUAAAGCAAUCGACAUACAGGUUAAAUGUCUGUAACACUGGUUAACAAAAAAUGAUUCUAUUAUUAAUAUCAAGUGUGUUAUUCAAGUUUUUAAAACAGUAUGGUGGAAGUAUUUUUUAUUAAAUUACAGACAAUGUGGUUUGAAUAUUUAUGGUAUAAGGUGAUCAACUACAAUACAAUAUGUAUAGCUAGGUGUUAUGUUCAAGAUUAGAUCCAUUACAUGUACUGUAAAACCUACAUUUUAAUUCCAUGAUCUUUUAGAAAAAAGUAUAUGAUAAAUUCCUGA